AUGGCGGCUGCUGGAGAUGAUGUUGUCGGUGUUGCACCCCAGUCAGCAGAGAAGAAGAACAGAGGGAUAUCAUAUGGUGAUGGAGAAGGAUUGUACAAAACCCAUCUCUUCGGUUCACCCUCUAUAAUUGCAUGCUCUCCAUCAGCUAACAAAUCUAUCCUGCAGUCGGAUCAAGUCUUUGCAAUGGGUUGGCCUGGCACUAAAAUUACAGGCAACAAAUUCCUCAUCACCCUUGAAGGAUCAUCGCAUGCAAGGAUUAGAGGCUUGGUUGUAAAGGCCCUCAAUCAACCUGAUGCUCUCCGUAGGAUAGCCAUCAUGGUCCAACCAGGAAUAGUUGCAGCCCUGCAACAAUGGUCAAAAGAAGGAAGAUUAGUCGUAUUCAAUAAAGCUAAGAAGGUUACUUUUGAGAACAUUGGGAAGUACUUUUGCGGGUUGGAGCCAGGACCCCAUCUUGAUACACUUGAUCACCUAUUUGCGGGUAUCAUGCACGGUGUCACAAGUGCACAAAUUAAUAUUCCAGGAACUGCUUAUCAUCAUGCCCUCCAGUGUCGGAAGAAAGCCAACACAUUUUUUACAGAUGUAAUAAACAAGAGAAAGUAUGAAGGGGAUGCUGCAAGAGCUGAGUAUGAUUUGUUGGAUCAACUCUUGCAUCUAAAAGAUGACGAUGGUAAGCAACUGCAAGAUACAGAGGUGCUUGACAACAUCGUAGGCCUCAUAAUUGCUGGCUAUGAAUCCACUUCCCUUUCAAUUAUGUGGGCUGUGUAUUAUCUCGCAAAGUACCCAAAUGUACUUAAAAGACUACAGGAGGAGCACAAGAAUCUUGGUAGGAAUGGUGAUUUCAUCACACGCGAUGACAUUGUAAACUUGCAGUACACAAAUAAGGUUACAAAACCUAAAGGAUGGAAAGUGAUCAGCUGGCUACGAUACGUUCAUGCUGAUCCAAAAAAUUUUGAAGAUUCGUUAAGUUUCAAUCCAGAUAGGUGGAAUGGAAAACCAAAGCCUUGGACAAACUUGAUCUUUGGAGGGGGACCAAGGAUAUGUCCAGGAAAUAUGCUUGGUCGAAUGCAAAUUGCCAUUUUCAUCCACCAUUUGGUCGUAGGGUACAGUAUGAAGCCUCCAGGGAUUACUGAAGAGCAGAUCAAACUUAGAGCAGCCCUUUUUUCCCUCAAGGAUGCAGCAAAGGAUUGGUUAUACUACCUACCUUCAUCUGACAGAAGCAUUAUUGACGCUGCAAGUGAAGGAGCAUUGGCAAAUAAGACACCGAGAGAAGCAUGGCUGCUUAUUGAAGUUAUGGCAGAAAAUUCUGAACAGUUUGGCUUCCGCGAGAGUAACCCUACCCGUAGGGUUAACGAGAUAGAGACGUCAUCCAUUCAGCAGCAGCUAUCGGAGCUAACAUCUUUUAUUCGGCAAUUAGCUGUGGAGAACGUGCAUCAAGCUAAGGUUUGUGAAAUUUGUACAAACGUGGGCCACCCCACUGACUCAUGCCCUAUUCUGCAAGAGAAUGGGGUUGAACAAGUAAACAUGGCUGGAGGCGUGCCUAUGUCCCAUAGGCAGUACGAUCCAUACUUGAACACGUACAAUCCGGAUUGGAGAGACCACCCCAACUUCAGCUAUGGGAACAGGCCAUAG